AUGGAGUGCUUUGAAGGCAAGGAAAAGAGAGAGCGCAUAAUGAGAGAGAAAGCUCUCAAGAGGCCUUUUCUGGAAGAAGAUCAUCAACAACCCAGAAACAUGAAUAGGAGGAAUGGAACGUUAGUGAUUGAAGAAAGGGGUGAAGAAGACAAAGUGCCCGAGAAAUACGACGAAGAAGAACCUUUGGACAUGCGGUGGAAACUCAGGAUGGAGCAGAUUGGAGUUCGCCAUGAAGAACAGGAACACCAGAGUUUGAAUCAGCGUGGAAUCAGGGAUGAUGAAGAAGAGGAGCCAUGGACAUUGAAUGAGGGAGAUAUUCUGGCAGAUUUGAAGGAGAUGGGUAAAAUCAAUUCUGAGAGGAAACCAAGCAGCACGCAGAUUGGAGAAGAGAAACCCCGGAGAUCGAAUAGGAGGAGACAGAGGUUGGCGAUCGAAAUCAGCGAUGAUCAAGAAUUCGAGCCGAGGAACGAUGAAGAGUUCAACCCGAGUGAUGAAGACAAGAAACCCAAGAAGAAGAACAAAGUGAAUAAUAAUAAUAAUGAGAAGCUGAAGGCGGUGGCUCCUCCGGCGGAGUGGCUCCGACUGUGGAGGUGGGGAAGGCGACCAUGGUCUGUGUUAGAAUAA